AUGUAUUUAAUUGGAGAAAAUCAAAAUGCUAAAGUUUAUGAUGGGAAAGAAUUUUUCCUCAAAAUUUACAGACAUAAACUAAACAUGUUGAGCUGUGUUAUUCCUGAGCUUGAUGAAGGAAAUAUCUGUCCUGCUUGUACCAAAAUUGAGCUAUGCAGUUUAUGUUCUCCAAAAUUAGAGAAAGAUAAUGCUGAUAAUCCUGCACUCAAAAUAAACAUAUUGUAUGAUGUUGCAUGCAUGUUGGUGAAACACUUACAGUUUGUUUGUUACAAAAAGAAUUUGGAGGAUCCGAUUGUUGACAUUUUUCAAUUUUCAAUUCCAAUUUUUCACUGCUAUGGGCAUGUUGGACGAUGCCAAGUUAAAUUUAGUCCCCGACGGGAAGAAGGAUUUGGCCUAACUGACGGUGAGAUGUUGGAGAGAUUGUGGGCUUACAUUCGCAAAUUUAGCAGAAUGACUAAAGAAAUACGUCCAAGUCAGAGAGUUGAUGUACUCAGUGAUGCUCUUUUACAUUAUGGAAAGAAAACGAAGAUUAAUUUAGGCAAUUUGCUGAUGGCAAGGAUGAAGCGAGCUGUUGACGUGAAAGAAACUGCAAAAUUAGAUAUUGAAAAGUUAUGCAGGUGCUUUCCGUGUGAGUAUAUGUUUGUAUUUGCUGUGUGAUUAUAUUUGACUCCGAUUUUGGAUAUGAACUAUUUACGACUCACAUGAAAGCAGU